UAGCAUUUAGUGUUGACACAUUGAAAGGGUGCUGUAAACACUGAUUACAGCGGUACACAGUACAUCGCAAGAGCUCUCCAACCGAACAAAUUCAAUCAUUUGUUCGAACAAUAUAUUCAUUCUUUUGCGCAAUUGCAAACAGCUCGACAAAAAAGUGCACAAAUUUAAAAAUAACAAGCAAACAACAAUAUUCUGUCACUGUUUGUGAAUAUUAUUAAAUAGUUUUAAAAAAAACCAAGUCUACAUUUCUGAAAAAAAAAUUAAAAUGGCGGCUAACGAUGUCCAAUUUAGUGAAUUGGAUUUUUCUGACGAAAAGGAGGAGAUGAUGAAAAAACCAUUCGAUGUGACACUCAUUGUUCAAAACACCAGAAUACAAGCUCACAAAAGUUUUUUGGCAUCCCGGAGUGAGUACUUUCAAAGUAUGUUCAAUGGUAAUUUUAAUGAAGCACCCAAGAAGGAGGUCAUUCUAUCAGUUCAGUUGAAAGCUUUCCAAAAGAUUUUUGAGUAUAUUUAUUCUGGACGCAUUUCUCUCAAAACUAUGGAAGUAAAAGACAUCGUCGAUGUAUACGAAUUGACCGGAUUCCACAAUUUCCCAUCACUGGAAAGAGCCUUGUCGAAGUAUCUCACAUCGAUUGACCACUGUUGUUCAACUCUAAUCAUAGCUAAGCUUCACUCAUUGGAUAAAUUAGAAACCGAAUGCUUAAAAUCCAUGGACUGUCAUUCCUUCGAACUAUUGCAACAUGACACAUUCACAACUUUGCCAUAUGAUUGUCUGAGCACCUUAUUGAAGCGCGAUACAUUUUAUGCAUCUGAAAUCAACAUUUUCAAAGCGGUUCAGAAUUGGUUGGCAAAUAAUCCAACUGAAAAUGUAAAAAAAGCACUUUCAUUAGUACGAUGGCUUCUAAUAAGUUCAGACGAAGUGGAAAAUACCGUUUUACCGACCAACAUUUUGGAUAGAAAUCCAUUUUUGAAAUUUAUUGAGUUUAUUAAAAAUACAAGUGUUGUCGCACCUCGCACAUAUUCGGAAGAAACGUUUGAUAUAGAAUAUUUUGACUUGAACGUAGCAACAACCGAGCAAGGUGCAAGUAUUAUUUGCGGUGAAGGUGAUGCUCUUUUAAUACAAGAUUUUCCGCAUCCUCCCCACGAAUUAAACUACACAUAUCAUUAUAUUGGUGGAACGGAACUAAGUUCAUCUAUAAUUGUUGAUCUUGGACGUCCCAAUACCAUAAAUUUCAUUCGCAUUUUAUUAUUGGAUGAAAACUAUUGCUCAUAUUCGUAUUUCGUUGAAUCAUCUCUUGAUGGCGUUGAAUAUGAAAGGCUGAUUGACUACACCAAAAACUAUUGUCGCUCUUGGCAAUCUUUGUAUUUUCCACCGCAACAAGUCCGAUACAUUAAAUUAGUUGGCACUGGAACUCUUAGCGAAUCACAUGAGACGUUUGAUGUCGCUAGAUUGCAAGCAAUGUUCCGUUCAAAACCAAACGUGGAAAUGGUAAACGGGGUUUUCAAGCCACACUUCAACGUUGCAAAAUGUUCAUUCGAUUUAGGUGUCAUAGUUAUUGAGGGCAUUUUAGGCCAUGCAAUGUUCAUCGACGAUGAAAAAACAUUUACAAGUCAGGAUGUAGAUACUCUUUGCCUUAUGUUGCAAUUUAAUCAACCCUACUACAUUGGUUCGUUGCGAAUGUUGCUUGGAAAUGAUCAUAUCCGUAUGACCGAAAAAUUUUCAUUUUACAUUACAACAUCGUUGGAUAAACAACACUGGACAAUGGCUGUUGACAAACGAACCGAACUGCUUUCAGGGUGGCAAGAAUUCGAGUUCAAGCCACGUAAAACAACAUUCAUCAGACUCAAACUGAAGAAAAAUGAACAUUACCUUACUCAGAAAUUCGUGUUAACCUAUUUCGAGUGUCCAAGCGAUCCAAAGAAACCAAGCAUAAUGAGCAAAACUUCAAAAGGAACAGCCACCGGCUGUUCAACUUCAAAAGGAACAGACUAAAUUGAUGGUAACCACACUUUUACAUUUUCAAUUCAUUUUCAAAUACACAAUUUUUCUACAAUAUGGCAUCAUUCAAUCUGUCACUAGAUUUAAUGUACACUUUAUUGAAAGAAUACUCAUUUUAUGCAGCAAAAAUUGAUAUUAAAGAGAUUAAUUUUGAGAUCUUUCUUGCACAAAUUAUUAGAUUAGAAAUGAUUGUUCAGAAUUUUUAUUACUUUGGAUAUAAAUGAUAAGUUUCACAAAAUAAGAGAUAUUUAGUCCAAUCAAAUUUUAGCCAAGGUACUUGAAAAUCGACCUGCUACUACUCUACUUUUAUUUUUGCAUUAUCUCUUUUUCUACAUAUGUUCGCAAAAUAAUGUCUAAACUUGCUGAUAAGCCUUCUUCAUGUGCAAAAUAAUUAUAAAAUACUAUGUCCGAAAUUUCGUAAAUAAAAAUUGA